AUGGCGCCUUUGGACGAUGAAGCACCGCUGCUGGCCUGGUACCAGGCGCUGACGCCUCUUUCCGUUGACAUUAUCGGCGACUUUGCGGGCAAGGAGACGUUUGCAAUCCAUGGCGAGGCUCUUUUGGCGUACUGCAUUUCUGAGGCAAAGGUCAAUUGUCAAGAUGGAUUCCAGCUACUCCAUGCUAUCCACGCAGUCGAGGCUUUUCUUAGCAAUCUGAAGCGACGUGGAUGCCAAUUUCACAUUAUUUGGUUCGCCAGCCACGAACGGCUCUGCGUCCCUACAAAUUCGUCUGACGCCGCGUCCGGCUUCCACCGCCUGACUCGGGCUGUCCUGAUCAAACACCUCCAGCACUAUUCAGCCGGAAAAAAGAUCAGUUUUGAGUUUCCGGAUGUUCAGAGUGCUGAAUUUAAGGAAUAUACCAGCAAGAACUCGCUUCGCUUCUUCUUGUGCUUGGAUGGCCUUGCUUUUGACGGGAUUGCAUCGCCGUUUGCUAAAUGGCAUCUCGCCUUCAUUCAUGAAAUUGGCUCUAGAGGCUAUAGUGUCGCCCUCAUUAACAAUUUCGAGUUCAAGAGCUCAAAGGCCCUCGCUUUAAUGCUUCCACCAUCCCAAGACACCGAACAACUAAACAUUGUGGAGCCGUCAGCUCUACCGAAGACAAAACUAAAUCCCGUCGCGGAAUUGGAGGCCAAGGCCGGUGUCUCAGGCGACUGGUCGCCAUGGGAAGACCAUGCGCCACUGUCGGCAAGAGAUGCGGUCUCUCUCAGCGGCAUCUGCAAUGCGCUUUUGGUCGAUUCAAGCGAGGCAACGAAGAGGUGCUCCGCAGCAUAUUUACUUCAACUCUCAGAGCUAAGACGCUGCGAUCUUUCCCAGAGACCGUGCCCUGCAACGUCUUUUGAGCCAGCGAUACAGAAAGAUCUCGACGACUUCUUCGUUUGCUUCACGAGCAUCUGCACCACUGUUGUCGCAACUCUUCCUGAACAAGAGAACUGGGACGCUUUUGACCUCCUAGACACCCGGAUCUUUCGGCAAAUCUUGAAGAAAUUGCCGACUCUGGCGCCGACCGCCACGGUCACCAGCGAGGCAAGAAAAUUUGCCGAAAGAGUGCAUCUGCUGACAGGUGUAGACAUCUCCAAGUUCCUUCCACAAACUUCUGGCAAGGGUUUGUCGCAGUCUGCAACACCUCUGGAACAAGCAAGUGAUGCUAUCACUGCAGUCAUGCCCUUCAAGCACCCUGCUUUGGACAGUUACCUCAAGCCAGUUCACGUAGUCGCCAACGAUCUACAAAAGCCAGCGGGAGGCUCCAGGGUGUUCCGCGAGAUCUCAAAUUUGCAGAACGCCAAAAAGCCUGUCGAACCGAAAGCGCGACCUCGUCCCAAUGAUGACCCGCGUCAAAGGAUGAAGGCCCUAAAAAGACACCAGAGAUUGAUGAGAGAUAUUGUUGCCUAUUCUGCGAGUCUGACCAACUCUGUAGGUAAAACCUUGAACCCUGAAACCAUUGUGGCCGAUAUCAAAGGUGGCGGGAAUCCCGUCAAGCAAAACGGCAAAGCCGCAGGAGCGAAGUCGACGAAUUCGCAACCAUUGCGCCUAGAUUCUCAGCCCAAGAACAAAAAAGGCUCCGCCAAGGGUGGCCGCGAGAGCGCCCAUGAAGCAGCCCAGAAAAUUCAGAGAGAGAAGCUCGACAACAAGGCCCGAGAUGUCAUGAAAUUCUGGGAUGAACGCUGUCGCGAAUUCCAAACCGAGGCAAACAUGACCCGACGCCUUGCCAAAGCCAAUGCCUAUGUAGCAGGUCUUUCCAACGACGCUCGGAGUCUUAUCGGAGCCGAGAUAUAUCUGUACAUUUGCCAAAUCCUGGCGUCAAUGAUACUUGCCGCAGGACAGGAAACAGACAACAAGCUAGAGAUGGUUCUGUUUGCCAAAUUGUGGUCGGCGUUGCUUGAGGCUGGAAAACUGGAACAAUCCAGCGAGAGUCUCCGUCUCCUCAAGAAGCUCUGCAGCCUUGUCAAAAUGCCAGUAACGGCUACUGUGAGCGGAAACCACCUGCUCGAGCAGCGUAAGCUGCCAUUCUCUGAUGUCCAGACCACUGGCUUGCAGCUACCCAUGAACCCUCUGGACUUCCAGCUUGAUCAUUGUGGACCACUCUUGGAGAGAAGCUUUGACCCUGCUCCCGAUAAUCGCGUGCAGAAUUUUAUUCCCGACGCAUGGCAGCGGAAAGUACUAGAUGCCAUUGAUGCUCAAAAUAGUGUCUUUGUCGUCGCACCGACCUCUGCCGGUAAGACAUUUAUUUCAUUCUACGCCAUGAAACAAGUAUUGCAGUCGAGCGACGAUGGCAUCAUUGUGUAUGUGGCUCCCACCAAGGCACUUGUCAACCAGAUCGCUGCCGAAGUCCAAGCGCGGUUCUCCAAGUCGUACCACCACGAGGGUCGGUCUGUCUGGGCCAUCCAUACGCGCGACAACAGAAUCAACAACCCGACGGGAUGCCAGGUUCUCGUCACCGUGCCAGACAUUCUACAGAUCAUGUUGCUUGCGCCUUCGAACGCGGAGAAUGGAAAAUCUUGGUCUGCACGGGUAAAGACGAUCAUUUUUGACGAGAUUCACUGCAUUGGCCAGGCCGAGGACGGCGUCAUUUGGGAGCAGCUGCUGUUAUUGGCGCCGUGCCCGAUCAUUGCAUUGUCCGCCACUGUCGGUAAUCCGCUCGAGUUUAUGCAAUGGCUGGAAGCAUCUGAAAAGGUAAAGGGGCGUGAGAUGGAAAUGAUUGUGCACUCCUCGCGUUAUUCGGAUUUGCGCAAGUUCUUAUAUUCUCCUCCCGGGAAGGAGUUUGUAUUCAGAGGGCUCCUACCAGUUGAGGGUCUUGCUACGCCAGGACUGGAUGAAGGGAAGACUGAAGGACAGUCAUUCAACUUUAUUCACCCCAUUGUCAGCCUCACAAAUCGUAAUCGUGGAACGAUUGACGACAUUACUCUCGAGUCCAGAGAUUGCAUGACCUUGUGGCGAUGCAUGUCAAAACACCAGACCAAGGACUAUCCUGUCGACAAGGCUUUGAGUCCAGAGAAAUUCUUACCAGCCAUUGUCAAAAGGUCGGACGUGCUGGAAUGGGGAAGCUCUUUGAAGCAGACUUUGCAACUGUGGAUUGAAGACGUCAAGUCGCCGUUCUCCGCUGUCCGAAGCGAGCUAGGGUCGCGUCUGUUCAAUGCAGAUAGCGAGAACCAACUUGGCAAGAGCGCAAGUGAAACCGACUUUGAAAUCCGUUUUCCGAUUGGCCACGGGCAGAAAAAUCUGGUCACCACGGCUCUACCUCUGCUUACUGAUUUGCACGCUCGUGGAGCCCUUCCGGGAAUCUUGUUCAACUAUGAUCGAGACUUUUGUGAGGCGACUGUUGUUCAUCUUCUGAGCCAGCUCAAGGAAGCCGAGGAAGCUUGGAAAGAGUCUAGCCCGGAGUGGACAAAGACGCUCGCCGACUACAGAGCUUGGGAAAAGGCGAAGUCUCAAGCCCAAGCGAAUAAGACGGAUCCCAAGAAGCGGCCGGCGAAAACGCGCGGAGAAGACGACGAAGGGACGUCCAAAAUGGACAUGAUGCGGGACGCCAGUGUGGACGCGAGCAAAUGGGACAGCUUCGAUCCUGAUGCACCUCUUGAGCGAUUCUCUUUUGCAGAUGCAAAGAAAAUCCCUGGUUCAGAGCUAGAGCCCCUCAUCGAGCGUCUCGUCUGGGUCAACGUACAGCCAGAACUCAUCGCAGCUCUCAGGCGAGGCAUUGCGGUCCAUCAUGCGGGUAUGAACCGAAACUAUCGACAAUUUGUCGAGAUGCUCUUUCGAAAGGGAUUUCUACGAGUCGUUGUCGCCACUGGCACACUUGCCCUCGGUAUCAACAUGCCUUGCAAGACGGUCGUCUUCUUUGGGGACUCGGUCUCCCUCACCCCCCUCAAUUACCAUCAGGGAUCCGGUCGUGCAGGUCGCCGAGGUUUUGACUUGCUUGGAAAUGUCGUCUUUGUCGGAAUGCCCCUCAACAGAGCGCUCGAGAUUAUGUCCUCGAGGUUGCCCGACCUCAGCGGGCACUUUCCUCUUUCCACAACCCUGGUGGUUCGACUGCUGGGCUUGAUGCAUCAUACCAAAAACUCCGAGUACUCUACAAAGGCUAUCAAAUCACUUCUUUCCAUGUCCCGUCUGUAUCUCGGUGGGCCGUCGGAUCAGAUGGCAAUCCAGCACCAUCUUCGAUUCUCCAUUGAGUAUCUUCGCCGACAGCGGCUCCUGUCCGAGGACGGUGCCCCUCUCAAUUUCGCGGGUCUGGUCGGCCACUUGUACUUUACUGAGAAUGCUGUCUUUGCAUUUCACUCUCUGCUAAAGGAAGGGUAUUUCCAUCGUGUCUGCUCGGCCAUCGACAAAAACCCUGAGGCUGUGUUGGUGGAGCUGGUGCUGGUGCUCUCUCACCUGUUCUGCCGAAUUCCCCUCGGCAUGCAUAGUAGCGCCGCCGCCGAGGAUAGCAAAUCACAGUCUGUUAUUACUCUGCCUCCCCUUCCGGAUGGAGCAGAAACCGUUCUUCAGGCGCACAAUCAGGAGACUCUGAAAAUCUUUCGUCUGUACGUGAGCACCUUCAUUGAGCAGCACCUGAGCCAGACCCCAGAUACGAAGCUGCCCUUUACAGGGUGCGAGAUCAAAGCAGAACAGGAGCAUGGAGCUGAAUCGCAAUCCAUGGUGACCCAUCUGCCCCCAACAAAACUUCGCUCGCCCUUUGCGGCGCUGUCGGGCUUUACAGACGAGUUUGAUACGAUUCACGAGCUGUGCGCCUCUGUCCGCAGCGAUGUGUUCCUCGAGGAAUCAGCCGUGCCGUAUAUUCCUAUCUACCCCGCCGACACGGCUGGCAAGCCUUGGAACGCCUAUCUCUACGACUUUUUCAAGCAUGGAGACUUGAAUGCUCUAGUGCGCGACAACAAGAUCAAGCGUGCCGAUGUCUGGUUCCAUCUCAAGGACUUUUCGCUCAUCCUUGCAACGAUUGCCACAAGCCUGGAGAACUUUGGUCGUCUCGAUGCCAACGCGGAUGAUUCCGCCAUGAUAGAUGUGCAAGAUGCCGACGAUACUCUGCUGGAGCGCCGCGAUGAUUUACCCAACGAGGAGCAGCUUUCUUCCAACGGCGCUGAGAAAGACUCUGCGGCGCAGGCGGCGGCGGCGGCAAAGCCUAGCAAGCCCGCCAAAGUUAGCAAGAAAAAGGUCGAGCUGGACUCGUGGGAGGAUGACUCGAGCGAUGAUGGAAGUGCUUCCGAGAGUUCAGCGGAGGAGUCGGAUGGCGAGAGUGGGCAGGACGGCGGCGAAGGUAACAUGCCGCAGGUGCUCAAAGCCUUCCGGAUGCUGCAGGUGGAGUUUGAGGACAAGUUCCGCAAGGUGUGGGCCUAA